UGGGCUGCCUAGCGCUCUAAGAUGAUCGACAAGAACCUGCGGGAGGACGGCGAGAAGGCAGCGCGGGAGGUGAAGUUGCUUCUGUUAGGUGCUGGGGAAUCAGGGAAGAGCACCAUCGUCAAGCAGAUGAAGAUCAUCCAUGAAGAUGGCUAUUCAGAGGAAGAAUGUCGGCAGUAUCGUGCGGUUGUCUACAGCAACACCAUCCAGUCUAUCAUGGCCAUUGUCAAGGCCAUGGGCAACCUGCAGAUUGACUUUGCCGACCCCCAGCGUGCGGAUGAUGCCAGGCAGCUGUUUGCACUGUCCUGUGCUGCUGAGGAGCAAGGUAUGCUUCCUGAAGAUCUGUCCGGUGUCAUCCAGAGGCUCUGGGCUGACCAUGGUGCGCAAGCCUGCUUUGGUCGCUCACGGGAAUACCAGCUCAAUGAUUCAGCCGCUUAUUACCUGAGUGGCCUGGAGCGCAUUGCAGAUGACUACAUCCCUACGCAGCAGGAUGUACUGCGGACCCGUGUGAAAACCACGGGCAUUGUGGAAACACACUUCACCUUCAAGGACUUACACUUCAAGAUGUUCGAUGUGGGUGGCCAGCGAUCUGAGCGGAAGAAGUGGAUCCACUGCUUUGAGGGUGUCACGGCCAUCAUCUUCUGUGUCGCCUUGAGCGCCUAUGACUUGGUGCUGGCUGAGGAUGAGGAGAUGAAUCGCAUGCAUGAGAGCAUGAAGCUGUUUGACAGCAUGUGCAACAAGUGGUUCACAGACACCUCCAUCAUCCUCUUCCUCAAUAAGAAGGACCUGUUUGAAGAGAAGAUCACACAGAGCCCUCUGACCAUCUGUUUCCCCGAGUACACAGGGGCCAACAAGUAUGAUGAGGCCGCCAGCUACAUCCAGAGCAAGUUCGAGGACCUGAAUAAGCGCAAAGACACCAAGGAGAUAUACACACAAUUCACGUGCGCCACCGACACCAAGAACGUGCAGUUUGUGUUUGAUGCCGUCACCGACGUCAUCAUUAAGAACAACCUGAAGGACUGUGGCCUCUUCUGAGGGGCAGCAGGCCUGGCAGGAUGGGCCACCGCCGACUCUGCUCCCUACUACUCCUGAGGAAGAUGGGGGCAAGAAGACCAUGCUCCCUGCCUGUUCCCCCACCCCACCCCCAGCUGCUUCUCCCAUCUUUUCUCUCUGUUCUCAGCUCCCCUGUCCCCUCCCUUGGCUCUAGACUUGGGGGAGGGGUUGCCACAGGCCUCCC